CGUCACAAGCACCGAGCGUCGCGCUAGGUUCCCACCCGUUCGAACCACCGUCAAAUUGGCACAUUCAGUGGCCUCUUUCGUUCCUUGCACAUUGAUUAACGCAGCAAAAUAGAAUUCGCGAUUCAGCCAAAGGAAAAGUGAGAGUGCCACAAAGUGAGAGCAAAAAGGCGCAUCGGUCCAUUUCUUUGCCGGCAUCGAAGUCUUUCGUUCGUUCGGCGCCACACGCCACGCAAGUUCACGGUCACGGUCACGGCGGAAGUGCGGUGUGCGUCGUCGAGUGUGUCACGAGGUGGUGAAGAAAGUGAAACCCGUCCGCUGGAGGCGCUACAAAACCGGUACAAGAUGCGAUCGCCGUUGGGUUCGAAUGCGGCAAUGACCGCACUGGUGUUGCUCGCUUUUAUCGCCGGAAGCUUCGCUGCGCUUCCGUCAACGAUCAAGGCGUGCAAGCGGAACGAUCCAGAUAUUAGCCGGUGCAUCACCGAGUCCGUCAACGAUCUGCGGCCGCGGCUCGCUACUGGCAAAAUUUCGGACGACUUCAGGAUUCCGCCGAUGGAACCGCUCGCCCUGGCGGCCGUCAACAUGGAUCGCGGUGCCGAGUUUAAGGCCACGUUCAGCGAUCUGCUCGUGUCCGGUCCGAGCAAGUUCAAGAUCGAGAACCUCAAAGUGAACCUCGAGAAGCUGGUGUUUGACUUCAACAUCUUCCUGCCGAAGCUAUCCUUCAAGGGAAAGUACGAUCUGAAGAUCAAGCUGCUGCUGCUGAACAUUGCCGGUGUCGGAGAUCUGGCGGGCGUUAUCGAGAAUAACCAGGCACGCGUGAAGCUCAACUUCGAGAAGUACAGCAAAGGCGACGGCAAGGAGUACCUGCGGGUGAAGAAGAUGGUCGUACGCAUCCAGAUCGAGAAGGGUCGGUUCGACAUGAAGGACCUGUUCCGCGGUGAUCCGGUGCUGAGCCAGGCCGGCAAUCAGUUCAUCAACGAGAACUCGCGCCUCUUCCUGGACGAGCUGACUCCCGGGCUCGAGCGCAGCCUGUCGGAAACGUUCAAGGGCACGGCCAACGAGAUCAUGCAACAGGCGACACUGGACGAGCUGUUCCCGGUGUAAGCGCCAGGCCAGACGGAAGGAACUUUAGUGAUCUGUGAUCUUUGUGAAUGCGAAUGUGUGAAUGCGUGAGUAACUGUACGAAUCCGGCGGCGGAGGGAAAGCUGGCGGCGUAGUAUUAGAGGGUACCUCUUGUGAAGCUUGUCCCGCCUUCGGCAACCCGGGGUGGAAGGCGAUGAAGUGCGGGAAAAUGGUGGGUACAAUAAAAUUAC